GAAAGUGGAUUACAUGCAAGAGAUUCCGCCACCGCCCGCGUCGCACCAGGCGCACUCCACCAGCCCAUGCGGCCCAACCAAGUCGCGGCCAGCACCGCACACUCCACCAAGUCGCUGCCCGCACGCACUCCACUAGCCCGCGCGGCCCAACCAAGUCGCGGCCCGCGCGCACUCCACCAGCGCGCUCUGCCCAACCAAGUCGCGGCCCGCGUCGCACACUCCACCAGCCCGCGCCGCACCAGGCCCAAUCCUUCAUGCGGCCCUGACUCCACUUGCGGGCCCGCGCCAAUCUCCACACCGCGUCAAAAAUAUUGUUGUCGCCACCAGGAUUUGAACCCGCGUCACUCCUCUACUAGACAAGCAACAUCACUAGCAGGCUACAUGCGCGCCUGUCGAAUCCUUCUCUUCCGUUUGCCGUCUCUGUGUGCUGCUUGCGAGUUUAUCGUCGUUCAACUGCCGUCUCUGGGUUUUGUCCAUCCGUUCGACCAAGAACAAACAGGGGAGAAGCAGAGGAAAAGAAGAGGUAUCAGCAAUCGCAUAUCUUCCCACAAGAUGAGCAAGGUCGAUGAAGGUGUCUCCUCCGAACUCAAUGAUGAAAACCAACAAAGAAAAGAAAAGGUGUAUUUGAGUAGUCGUUGUGGCGUACAAGAAUUCUCUGGCCUUAUAGAUAGUUUGUCGGACGACAAAAAGCAUCUCAUUGAAGAUAUGGGAUUUGGAGGGCUAUUGCAUUUGAAGAAGCAUAAGUUGAAGUUGAAACUUUGUGAGGAACUUAUGAUGAGGUUUGAUGUGACUACUAGUCAACUAAACGUGCAUGGUAAUCGUUUGACCCUACGUGUUGAUGAUGUUGUCACCAUAUUGGGUUUACAUGGUGGAGGCAUGGAUGUGGAUACUAAUCUUGGUGAGGGAGAUGAAGUGAGGGUCAGGUUUAAUUUGGGUUAUGGACAAAUUAAAUGUUCAAAUCUAAAAACAGAUAUGAUGAAGGAUCUCACGGUCGGUGAAGAAUUUAGAGGGAAAUUUCUUUUAUAUUCAAUGAGUAGACUUUUGAGACCGUCCACUGCAGUUUAUGUUCCCAAUAAUUAUUUGAGGAUAUUAGGCAAUAUUGAUGACGUGGGAAACUUGAAUUGGGCAAAAUUUGUGUACGAUGGUCUUUUAGAAGGAAUAAAAGACUAUCAAAACAAAUUGGAAGGCACAUCAAGAGAACAAUCUGUGACGGGCUGCAUUUUAUUGCUUGAGAUUUUUUACCUAGAGCACGUAAAUAUGCAUAAUGUGACUCGUCAUUCAAGCUCCUUACCACGCAUACGCCACUGGGAUGACAAGUCAAUUGGGACGAUUGUUAAGAAGGUUUCUAGUUUGGGUGGAGUUGAUAGCAUACAGGUGGAAUUUGGAAGGGAUGGUGCUAGUUGCUUCACAAUUGAGGAUGUUACAGCACAGAUAGUUCAAUUGAGGAAUGAAUUUCAACAAGAAAUGCACUCUACAAAAUCACAAAUAGGUGACUUGAAGAAGGAAAUGUCUGAUUCUAUGUCACAAAUCAUUACAAAAUUGUCCAGCAUUGAAAGCCACUUGGAAACUAAAGCUGCAAAUAAAACCAUAGAGGAUGAGGCGGUGCAGGUUCGUACAAAAAAAGGCGAGUUGAAUGAUGAUGCUAUUGCACAUGAGAAGACAUUCGAGGAAGUUAGAACGGGUGCAGAUCACACGAUCAGUGAAGAGAAUAUGACUACAAAUGAAGAUUCAACUAAUGUGUAUGAUAAGUUGAAUAACAUGGCUCGUGAUUUCAAGGCAAAAGAAGAUUUUGUGGAGCUUUCUGAUGAUGCAAGCUCACUUCUAAAAGCAUCAACGCCUAAGGGAAACCACCUGGUAAAGCAAGGAAAUAGGAGAUCUGGUGCAAUUUCAUCUCAAAAUGAAAAGAAAAGAAAGGCAAACCAACAUGAGGAAGAUGAAACAGAUUCAUUUGAGGCACUUAUGGCUGGAGUAGAUCAAAAGAUUCGAUCAAGAGAGGAUUCAAACAUGGGACUUCGAAAGAAAGAAGUACUCAAAGCCGGUCCACAAUUUCAGUUUCCUUAUGUGGCCGACAAACCAGCGGUAAGAGGUCGGGGUAGACAACAAGGUCCUAAACAGCAAGGUACUAAAAAAGGCGGUCGAUCAAAAAAAAAAUUAGAUGAUGAUUGGGAGAAUAAGGUAAUUAAUCUUGUUGUUGCUGGGUUAACACUGGAAUAUCGGGACAAUAAAGAAAGCGAUUAUUGGUUUAUGCCCUGGUCAUUUACCAUUUAUCUCCCCAUAUGCGAGCAUGAACAUUGGUACUUGGCCAUUGUUAACAUGGAAAUCAAGGAGGUAUAUCUGCUUGAUAGUUAUGCUCUAAAGGACGAUUCUCCCCGUAAAGAAAAGAUAAGGCAGAUAUUGUCAGUUUUGGAUGAAAUGUUGCAUCAUGAUAAUUUCGAAGGAAAAAGUGAAGAAACCAUACCAUUAUUGAAAACGUUUGAAGUGAAGUCAAUUCCUGUCUUACAACAACCCAACACGUAA